AUGAGUGACUACUCGUCGUUGAAAGUGGCUGAUCUGAAGGCCGAGUGCAAGAAGCGCGGCAUUCCUCAGACUGGCCUCCGCCUCAAGCAACAGUUCAUUGACAAACUGAUUGAGCUUGACUCACAAACAGAACAGGAUAAGACGGAAGCUGCACUUCCAGCAGACGAGACCCCCGAAUCGCAGUCACCUGCGCCAGAGACUGUUUCCCAAGUACCAGAGUCAGGACCCGAAAAACCGCAGAACGAACAGCCUGAGGAACCGAAGGAACAGGCAGUUGCACAACCCGAGAAAACAGCGGAACCUGUGUCAGCAUUGGAUCAACCUCAAGAUGAAGAAAAACAGACAGGUGAACCGACCCAAGAGGAGACAAGUGCCACGGCGGAUGUGAAGUUGCAACAAGUUGAGGAUGUCGCAAAGCCUACGGAGACGCAAGCAGAGAACGCAAGCUCCGAUGAUAAAAAGUCUCCAGCCGCGCCUGCUCAAGCACAAGUGGACCAAGUGACCCAAGAUGCUAAGAACGAGCCCGCAAAGCCCGAAGAAAACCCGACACCGCCGACUGCCCAAGUUUCAGAGGCUAAUACUGGGUUAUCAACACCUCUUCCAGUGGAGGAGGCACUGGAGGAUACACGCAAACGGAAACGCCGCAGCCAGAGCCCAGCCCCUACUGCAGAAGAAAUAGCAAAUAGGAAGGCUCGCGCAAAGGAAACAGUCCCACGCGUGCUGUUGAAAGAUGAGGAGGCCCCGGUCACUCGUGAAGAGGGACUCGGCGGUGCGAAGUCUGAAGGCCAGAAUGCAGCAGAGGAUCAAAAUGAGAAACAACCUGUUGAGACCUCCACAGAUUCGCACAAAAUUCCCGCGAAGCAAGAUGCUCGGUUCCGCGGGUUAUUUGCUCCUACUGGUGCGGCUUCCCAGCCUGCGUCUCCUCCCAGAGACGUUACGAUGGAGGAUGCAGAUGUGACACCUGCGCUGCACGCUGCAACUGCUUCCCUUUACAUCGACGGCCUGAUGCGCCCACUUCAACCGAAUGCGCUUCGGAAACACUUGGUCAGCCUUGGAUCCGCCCCUGGAACCGAAGAUUCGGACCCCAUCAUUGAAUUCUACCUUGAUUCUAUCAAAACUCAUUCUUUUGUCAGUUUCAGCAGUCUUGCAGCAGCCUCACGAGUCCGUUCCGCUAUCCAUGGAACCGUGUGGCCCAACGAACGGAACCGCAAGAAUCUCCGAGCAGAUUUCAUCCCAGAUGAGAAAAUUAAGGAAUGGAUCCAGAUUGAAGAGGAAUCCCGGGACCGCGCUGGCCCUGCUGUCCGUUGGGAAGUGAGAUACGAUACAUCUGAUGAAGAAACUACGGCUACACUCGCUGAAGUGGGCUCUGCCCCCUCUGGCCGACGAGAGUCAGGUUUCAAUCGCACUCCUCCCUUGGGUCCACGUAGUGAUAUUGAGCAGCUCGAUCGUCGCCUAUCCAAUGCGCCUGGCGCGGCUCCAGUGGCUCCGCCGCAACCUGGGCAGGGCUUCAAGCCUCUGGAUGAAUUGUUCAAAUCCACCACUGCUAAACCCAAGCUGUACUAUCUUCCUGUUCCUCGCCCCGUUGCCGACAAGCGUUUGGAUCAAUUUGACGAGCUGAUUCGGAAGGGCACAUUCCCACGUCGUGGCGGCGAUGAGAUGCGACGCAUUACCUUCGAAAAUGAAGAUCAGUUUGUGGAUAUCGGCCCGGAACGUUUCGGACCAGGACCUCGAUCUGGCGCUGGACCUCGUGGACGGGGACGUGGUGGACGACGGGGGAAUUCGUGGCGCUCUUGA